UUUUCGACUGACGUUCGCCUUGCCCGGUUCGCCCGGUUCUCCACAGAAGCGAGUCUACGCAGACUGUUCAGCCAAACGAAUUCAGCCCGGAAUGCUAGGAAGAACGUGUGCAAAUCAGCUGUUUCCGCCGCGAAAGUCGCCACUCCUUCACAGUUGAACCGUUCAAGCGCCGAAGGAGCUACCUACCGCGAUUGAUUGUUUAAUUUUUUUGCAAGUGAUCAACGAAUAGUAAGCCGAGGCAAAAGCACAAGCAACAGCACAAAUAGGCCCAAAGCCCAGCCGGCAACAAAACAAAAAAAAAAGUCAAGUGUCAAGUGUGAUGAAAAAAGUUUGCGAAGCGAUCGCUUAAUAAUAUACUGGCAAAUACUGGAUCAUCUUUGAAUUGCCGAAGCAGGAGGAAGCCGGAAUCGCGCGCUUUGUUUUUGUUUUGCUCCAUUUGCCGCCGGCACACACGUGCUCAGCCCGUCUCACUCUUACGGGACCACUGUCUCCGGCCUGACCCCCGUGCUCGUUGUCCCGCUCAGUCGCGUUUAUGUGCGUUUACCGUUAAUUGUGCGAGUGGGGAUCCCGCUCUUUAACGCUCUCUCCUCUUCCUCGUCCACCCAACCGACCAUCUGUACACCCGCUCGUGCGUACGUCCGUAAACCCCAUACACCCGUGCACCUACACUACGUACAUACUCUACGAUUAACCCAUUGAAGGCCUGGAAAAAUCGCAGCUCGUUAAACUGUGAAAUAGAACAAUCCCGACAGAGGGAAGAACUCCACCCCGGCACUAAGAUUUUGGACAACAAAAUUCUCACCGAGGCUUCGAAAGCGCCCCUGAGGGCCGUCGCACUGGCGUCAUUUCUGGGCGACGGGUUCGUCCCGGCCGCCCUCGGUAGCCGCGCCCCCCCGCCCAAGGACCACCUAAUGGCGUUCGGGGCGGUUCUGCACACCAGUCAGCACAAUAUCGGUCGCAGUGAACCGCCCGUUGGCGUGGGCGAUCCCUGCGCCGGCUGCAACAAACCGAUCCUCGACAAGUUCCUGCUGAACGUCCUGGAACGCGCCUGGCACGCAUCCUGCGUGCGCUGCUGUGAAUGUCUCCAACCGCUCACUGACAAAUGCUUCAGCCGCGAGUCGAAGCUCUACUGUCGCAACGAUUUCUUCAGGCGUUACGGCACCAAGUGCAGUGGCUGCGGCCAGGGCAUCGCGCCGUCGGACCUCGUGCGGAAGCCCAGGGACAAGGUCUUCCACCUGAACUGCUUCACCUGCUGCAUCUGUCGCAAGCAGCUCAGCACAGGGGAGCAGCUGUACGUGCUGGACGACAAUAAGUUCAUCUGCAAAGACGACUAUCUGUUGGGCAAGGCGCCGUCCUGCGGCCACAACUCUCUGAGCGAUUCAUUAAUGGGCUCGGCGAGCGAGGACGACGACGACGAUGAUCCGCCGCACUUGCGGGCCACGGCACUCGGACUGGGCGUACUGGGCCCGAACGGACCCGACUCGGCGGGCGGACCCCUGGGCACGUCGGAUAUAUCAGUACAAAGCAUGAGCACCGAUAGCAAAAAUACCCAUGACGACUCCGAUCAGGGCUCCUUGGACGGCGAUCCGGAUGGACGCGGCGAUUCCCAGGCGGAGAACAAAAGUCCCGACGAUGCCAACGGAUCGAAGCGGCGCGGCCCGCGCACCACCAUCAAGGCCAAGCAGCUGGAGGUGCUCAAGACGGCCUUCAAUCAGACGCCGAAGCCGACACGCCACAUCAGGGAGCAACUGGCCAAAGAGACGGGCCUGCCCAUGCGCGUCAUACAGGUGUGGUUCCAGAACAAGCGGUCGAAGGAGCGGCGCAUGAAGCAGAUAACCAGCAUGGGUCGUCCGCCCUUCUUCGGGGGCGCCCGUAAAAUGCGAGGCUUCCCCAUGAACCUAUCGCCCGGCGGCCUGGACGACGGACCCGGAUUCCCCUACUUCGCGGCGGACGCCAAGUUCGAGUUCGGCUACGGCGGACCCUUCCACCCGCACGACGGCCCCUACUUUCCCGGGCACCCUGGUGGACCCAUGCCGUUCAAUGCACCAGGUGGACCCAUGGACCACAGCGGACCCAUUCCGAUGGUGAACGAGUUCGGCCUGACGCCGGAGUCGACGUUCUUGGGACAAGCGGGCGGACCGCCCAUGCAGCUGCAGUCGGCCGUCGGACCGCCGCCGCCACCGCCCCCGCCGCCCAGCGCGGAGCACUUGAUGGCCGCUGCAGCGGCGCAGCAACAGGCGGCCGUGCAGCAGCAGCAGCAAGUGGCGCAGAAUGCGCAACAAGCGGCGAACCAGACCCAGCAGCAGCAGCAACAACAAAAUGGCCCCCGCACCAACUCACCGGAAUUUAUGAGCUCCACGAAUUUCAGCGAACCGCAGAACAUGCAGAAUGAAGGGCUCGUUUGGUAAUAUACGAAACAGUUGGCAACGCGGCUGCUGCUCCUCAAGGACCUUGGGGGCUUCGGCUUUGGCUUCGGCGGGAGCGGGAGCGGGAUCGGGAGUGAGAGCGAGGCAGAACGGAGAGAGCGGCCGCGAGAGAGCGGCGGCAGUGACGGCGGCGAGUAGCAGCAGAAGUGGCCGCCCCCACGUUCGCUAGCACUACGGCCGUCUUGCUCCAACGCCCUGGCCAACUGGGGAGCAGUUGCUUAUGGCGGAAUGUUAGAGCAAGAUAGCUAGCCGUCGCUCUUCGUGGCUCGUGGCUCGUGGCCCGUCGCUCUCUUCGCAGAGAGAAAGCCCACCCCACGGUCGUACUCUCUCCCAACCAGCUCAGCUCCCACCUCCCACCU